UUUAAGGAAGAAAUUGGCGUAAAAAACAUGUCCAAAAGCAGUUUGAUGAUUAAGAUACCCAUUUUCUUUCGUUUUCUGAAAUCUGAACUUUGAAAGUUCAUCGUCUGAAGAAGAACAGGGAGAUUAUCUGAAAAUUAUCUCAAUUCAGCUGAAGCAUACCAGUUGUUCCUGAUUCUCUUUUCUCUCCUCGCAAUUCUCGAAUCAUUUUCGUUUGUUUUUUCGUAUUGUAACUUAACAAGAGAAAUCUCUCUGACUUCUGCAUUCCGUUGAUCCAAUUUGCAUGAUUUGAGCCGCGAUUUACUCCAUCAGAUCUCUAAUGGCGUCCUCCAGCAAGGCUGAAUCUAAUGGAGAAGAUGAAGCCAUGGAAGACGAGGAGGUUGAGCACUUCGAUGAUUUUACUAUUGCGUCAACAUGGGAAAGAUUCAUUUCUGAAAUAGAGGCAGUUUGUCGACAAUGGAUGUCGGAUGGUCCAAAUAAUUUGUUGAAAAAGGAUGCAACUCCGUUAGAAAUCUCAACUAACCUAUAUAAGGUUAAAUCUGAUCUUAAGUGUGAUAAUAAAAACUAUUCGAUGGAGUAUUACUUUGGAAAUAGCAAGCAUGGCAAAGUUGUGGACUGGGAAUUAAGCUUGCAUGAAUUACAGUUAUGCUUUGGGGUACAAGAGUUUUUGGUGAUUGCUCCUCAAAGUAUUAGUGGCGUAAUUCUCGAUUCACCUGAGGCCAGCAAGCUUUUAAGUGCAGUUGCCAUUGCUUUGACAAACUGUUCCAGCUUUUGGCCAGCUUUUGUUCCAGUGCAUGAUCCAUCGCGAAAAGCAUAUAUUGGUAUCCAAAAUAUGGGAACAACUUUUACUAGGAGAUUUGAAGCAGAUCGCAUUGGUACCCAAGUGCCAAUAAAACUUAUGCAUUUGGAAGGACUAUAUGAGUUGUUUGUUUCAAAGUUUGCCUACUCCUCCAUGGACAUUUCGAUGAAUCUCUUCAAAGUCCAUUUUACCAUGAAGCUGACCUUCAAAAUUCUCUUAUCUGACGACGACGACAUCCGCAGAGAUGAUGCUGAGAUGGCAGAAUCAGUAUACGAAAGUGCCGUUGGUACUAGUGGAAAAGGGCAAUGGGAUGAUGACUGCCCAUGGAGUGAGUGGUAUUCCUCGGAAGAUCCUGUGAAAGGAUUUGAAUUGAUUGCCUCAUGGUCAGAGAAGAUGGUAGAGAGCUCCUUGGAAAUGGCUGAGUUGGAAAAUUCUUCACCUCAUGAAGCUAAGAAAUGGAUUUUGUUUCCAAUUCUAUCACCAAAUAUAACUGAUACCACCAUGGGAAACAGAGUUGGAUUUUCCUCUCAGUUGUAUCUUCUAAUUGAUGCAUUAGAUAUGUCCUUCCAAGCACAAUUUAUGGAAGAUUUUGUCUCAGUUGAGAACCCAGGUUCAGAUAAUUUUAAGUCUUCUACAGCAGUACCUCCACCCACAGUUAUUGAUCGUGUGCUUAAAGAACUCUUUCAUGAAGGAAAAAAAUCCCCUUAUUUUGCCAAGGGUGAGCAUAGGACUUCUCAAGCAAUUAAAGCUGCAGCCCUCGAUUCUCUUUUUGCACAGUUUUGUUUACAUGUUCUAUGGUUUGGAAACUGCAACAUACGAGCAAUAGCUACGCUGUGGGUUGAGUUUGUUAGAGAAGUCCGGUGGUGUUGGGACGAGGUACAACCUUUGCCACGAAUGCCAAUCAGCAGUUCAAUUGACCUUUCUAGUUGUUUGAUAAACCAAAAACUUCAGAUGCUGGCUAUAUGCAUCGAGAGGAAGCAUCAGUCUAUUGAGGAGUUUCAGGAUUGUCUUGAGAGCCAGGAUCCCGAAUCUCCUCGUGCUGAGGAAGAUGGUCCAGUUUCCGAGGAUGUAUCCACUAUGCAGACACCUGGUGAAAAUUUUGAUGGGAAAUGUGACAGCCAUUUGUCUCCAGAGGUUGAGUUUGAAUCUAAAGCAAAUCUGUUCGAAGAGAGAACCAAGUCUGAAGAUGUGAUAUCAUUUACCGAUCAAAAGUCUACAGACUCAACGAGACGUGGUUCAGCUGGCAUAGUAGGAACCAUGAUGCUUCUCAAUUCAUACCAGAGUAUGCAUGCUCCAUUCACCCAGGAUGCACCACUCAUGACGGAGGACAUGCAUGAAGAAAGGCUCCAAGCUGUGGAGGCCUUCGGUGAUUCAUUUGAUUUUUCUGCUCAGUUGGAAAAAGAUAUUCUAUCUUCAGACAUGUCAGCAUUUAAAGCAGCAAACCCUGAUGGUGUCUUUGAAGACUUUAUUCGGUGGCAUUCACCGAGAGAUUGGGAGGAUUCUGAUCCCAAGGGUGAGGGUUUACCAAAUGGCUCAGCUACGGAAACUUCUAAGGAUAACUGGCCUCCUCGAGGACAUUUGUCGAAAAGAAUGUCUGAACAUGGGAAUUUAUGGCGACAACUAUGGAAUGAUGCACCUGCCUUGCCUGUUUCAGAGCAGAAGUCGCUGCUGGAUCCGAAUAGAGAAGGGGAAAAGAUUCUCCACUACCUGGAGACAUUACGACCACAUCAAUUACUUGAACAAAUGGUUUGUACUGCCUUCAAAGCUGGAGCAGAUACAUUAAGUCAGACUAGCUAUGGAGGAUUGAAACUGAUGAAAGCUAAAAUGGAUCAACUUUACUCUACUAUGGCAUCUGUUUUGAAGUUCUUGCAAGGAAAUCGUUUGUCUGCUGAGAGUGAGGUUAUUGAUGACCUAAGACGAUUAUGUGUUGUUUUUGAGCACGUGGAAAAGUUGAUGGCUCUUGCAGCUUCUCUCCAUCGUAAAUUAUUACAGGCACCUCGUCUGUCUGAAGCAAUCUUCAAAGAUUACUACGAAUUUUACCUGCCAAGAAUGGGAACUGGCAUGUCGAGCAAUAAAUUUGAAACGGAGUUUAACAAAAAGCAGCUAGUAAGAAGCCAUGAAAGAGGGGCGAUAUCAAGCCUUUUCACUCCUCCUACAGCCAGUCAAUCAUGGAGGAAGGUCUUGAGCAUGGGUAACCUUUUCAAUGGCCACGAACCAAUCCUCAGGGAGAUCAUCUUUUCACUGCGAGAUCGUGUGAGUGGAAACCAUUAUGCAGAUUCGACCCCUACAGCUCGAGGAGAGGCAAUAGAGACUCAUCGAAUGUACAUAAGCGGUACUUCUAACGACCUCCGUGUAGCUCUCUCUGUUACUUCAUGCGAUUAAAUCUCUUUCUUUUUUUUAAAAAAUCAAAACGCUUAGCUAUAUUAUUUAUUGAUUUUGAUUGAUCACCACCAAAUUUAGGUUUGCCUUACUGAUCAUAUAGAUUUCACCAAAUCCUUCACGAGUAGAGCUGUAUUGCACAACGUUUUUGUGUGUGUAUGUGUGAAAAAAUAAAGUAACUUAUUUAGAGA